AAGAAUGGUUAAUAUAUUCAGAAGCUAGUAUGGGUUGUUCGGAAAUGGGACUGAUACCACUGUUGUCAAGUAAAAGAACAUUCGACACCCCUUGUCAGCCGUGGUAUUUACAAAUUGAAUUGAAAACAUCAUAUAGUUAUGCCAUCUGAGUCACAACAAGAAACUGUCUUACGAGAAACGAGAGAAAAAGUGUUAAAAUUCAUAAAACAAGGUCAAGGAAACAUGGAAUCGGGAAUUAAUCAUGAUUUGCUGAAAAUGCUUAACCAGUUUGAUUCUAACAACAGCACAGUGCAGCCAUCCCCCAGUAUCAACAAUGGCGAUCACUGUAGCAGCAGUUUACCAGUGGAGGCCCCUCAUAACAGCAGUAACAGCAUCAAUACAGGUUCAAAUUCAGAUCAGGAUACCAUGAGAAAUGGAUUGUCAAACAAUGGAAUAAUUCCUAUGGAUCUUCAGACUGUAAAGCUCGACCUGUUCCAACAAUUAUCCAACAAUAACCCACAAACUGAGAUUGAGUCAGUGUUUCAACCGUCGUCACCUGUCAAUCCCUCUACAGACUUCAUCCGAGCUCCAAUCCACGUGUUCCCCAAUUAGAGCAAAUUCUAGUAGUGUUCAUUCUGACUCCCCUGUUUCUCCAUCUUUCCCACAUUCAUCGCCAUCCAAGAUGGAGGUGACUUUGACCACACCGGCGUGUCAUUUACCAACCAGUAUGGCUAUGGAAAUAUCCCAACAACAGCAGAACGCUUCUUUGACUAGUAUCCCUGUGUCUGUGCAAACCUACAAUAGUCCUAGUAAUGAAAAAGUUUUUAGCAUUCAAAGUCCGUCGGAGAAUUUCAGUGGCCCGAACGCCGUGCAAACGCCAUUUAACGUUCAUAAUUCUGUGGAUUCAUUUAGUGUUGUGUCUGCUUCGGGAGAAAGCUAUUGUACGGAUAACGUAGAACAUGUGAACCCGUUAUUGUCCUUGUCGGAUGUGCCUCAACAGGAGAAAUCCUUUGGGUUUCCACAUUCUGAAGUGCCCACGUUUGGAACUAUGAGUAGUGAUGAAAUUAAAAAACAAACAGAACCUCGUUCAACCGGAUCCGUGUUACAUCAGUUGCUUACACAAACAAAUCAACCGGAUUAUCUGGAUUUAACAAACACCAGUAGUCCAGAUACGAUAUCGAGUCCGGAUUAUCCCAACGUCGACUCCCCCUCAUCCUUGUCAUCACCGAACCCAGACCCAAACACACAGGCGACUUUGAUUAAUCAGACAAAUCGAGUACGGAUAGAUUCUGAUCAUGAGCUGCCUUUGCAUCCUUUCAAAGAUAUCUGGAAUAUUGGGGAUGAGCCGGGGAUGAAGAUGGGUGCUGAGUCUGAAAUAUGUGUAGCUACAACAGACCAAAGUGAUGCCACUAAGGUUUUUGAUGCAGAUGCUGCAAAUCCAAAAUUUGUGUUUCAAAAAUUCGGAAAGCAAGAGGAAGAUACGGAUUUAUUUAAUGUUGCUAGUAUAAAAAACGACAGUCCUACAAUAAUUCAGUCACCGGAGGAUACAGACAUGCCCCCACCUAAGGCUGUGGUUGUGACCCGAUCACAGACACACAGCAAGCGAGUAAAGGAGCCAAGUCUAAACCAGAACUACCCAGUCAGGUCAAGUGGAUACGAGCUUCAGAUCCUACAACAGCCAGAGGAACAACACCGAGCCCGCUACCUUACCGAGGGCAGCAGGGGGGCGGUCAAGAACCGCUCUCAAGAUAGCCACCCCAUGGUCAAGCUGUAUGGAACCACAGACUCGGCUGUGUUACAAGUGUUCAUCGGGAAUGAUGCGGGUAAAGCUAUCCGACCACAUGGAUUUUACCAGGCGUGUCGUGUGUGUGGGAAGAACUCAACGCCGGCACGAGAAAAAGAAAUAGACGGGACUGCUGUGAUAGAAAUGGAUCUCACUCCGGCGAACGAUAUGACCGCCAUGAUCGACAAUGUUGGAAUACUGAAAUUGAGGAAUGCUGAUGUUGAACAAAGAAUAGGACUGACGAAAGCUAAGAAGAAGAGUACGAAAGCACGCAUGAUUUUCCGUGCAGUAUUUAAAAAGGCAGACGGAAAUUCACAGACUCUGCAGAUUUCCUCCAGUACCAUACUGUGUACUCAGCCAGUCGGUCAGCCAGAGAUCUGCAAGAUGAGUCAUAAUGAAUGGUCAGUAGAAGGCAAAGAUGAACUGUUUCUUAUUGGAAAAAACUUCAUCAAGGGUACGAGAGUUGUGUUCCGUGAAAUGAAGGACGAAACGCAGGUUCUCUGGGAGAAGGAAGGAGAGAUUGAUAAGGACUACUUUCAGCCUACACAUUUGAUAUGUGCCAUCCCGCCCUACAAGGACACGAGCGUGACCGAGCCAGUUCGGGUACAGAUUGUAGUGCAAACCGCGGGCAAACAGAGUGAUCCUCACAAGUUUGUUUAUACUCCUGAAGUGGCCAAGACAGCCGUCGACACGCCGAUGACUAUGGAAGAAUGUGAGACGCCUCACAAACGCAAACUCUCCUUUUCUGUGUCACCAGAGGCCAUUGAGCUGCAGCAGCAGAUUCAGCAGACAUCUUCAGGAAUGUUCCAGCUACCACCGGGGACCCUAUCCCCCAUCGUCAGUGAUGUGAUCAACAUGCAGGUGGACCCAGAGACCAGUGUCCCAAUCACCAGUCCUGUUGAGAAGAAAAAUGAUGUGUUUGGAAACGUGGGGAUCCCUAUGUCCUCCUCAGCGCCUAUGGAUCAACAACAGACUGCCACAACCAUCCAGUCUCUUCUGGCCAGCGAUCCCGAUCAAGCUUCCAAUCCUGGCAGUAAUGAAUUUGUCAAGCUGGCAUUGGAGGAAAUGAAAAGUCUGCAACAGCAGACAGCAUCACAACAAUCACCACAACAACAACAACAACAACAGCAGCAACAACAACAACAACAACAACAACAACAACAACAACAACAACAGCAGCAGCAGCAACAACAACAACAACAAUUGCAACAGUUGCAACAAUUACAACAGCAACUGCAGCAGCAACAGCAGCAACAACAACAACAACAGUCCCCGGACCAAAAGCCAGCGUUGCAGCAACUGUCUGCAUUACUGCAAGAAAGUAAUAUGUUGAAUUUUUCUUCAGCAGGGCUGGAAUUAAAUAACCUACCAUUCUUCAGUCACAUUCAGCCUACAAGCCCAGUAUCUCCCCAACAAGCUGCCCCAGAAAUGCAACAACAGCAGAUAGCAAUGACACCACAAAUGUCUAUGGCGUCCCAGUCAAUGACUUCAACUUCUGUACAUGUCAUGGAGCCAGCGGUUCAGAAUAUCAUGCAGCUUCAGCAGCCAGUGCAGACAACUUGGGGACAGCAACAACAACAUUGCUUUGGUGACAGCCAGCAGUCUAUGCCUGCCCAGUUAGGCGGAAGCCUCGGUAGUAAUCCGCCUACCGUACAGGCCGCUCCGGUGCUAUCGUUUGUGGGUACCAACACCAUACCCUCUCAGUCACAGGACUCCAACUCGGUAUUCUCCUACAUCGGUACCCCUGUAACUAACAGUCUGCCGCAGGUGUCCCUCCCCAAUGCUGAGCUUGUAGUCGAUAUCAAGCCACCCCUGCCUUCGCUGGCAGUGAGCUUCCAUAGCAAUCAACUUCCUUCUACACCUGCCUUGGUGUCAUCAGUUGCUGGGCAACAAUCAAUACCACAAGUAUGGAGUCAGCCUCAGCAGCAGCAGCAGCAACAACAGCCCUGUAUGAUUGAUACAAAACCAGUCAUUUGUGUCGCUCCAAGUACAUCACAGGCCGACCAGAUUUCAUCGCCCCAGAUCAUCAUUUGUGGGUCCAACGCUGCUAACGGGUUCUCCACAAACAUAAGUAAUCUGGUGGAACAACCUACACAGGUUCCCCAACAACAGACACCACAACAGCAGACACAACAACAACAACAGACUCCACAACAACAACAACAACAGACUCAACAACAACAACAACAACAGACACAACAACAGCAGACGCUGCCCCAACAGCAGCCUCAGCAGCCAGCUCAGCCUCCACUUGGGCCCAUCGUUAUUUUACCUGGAGGUGUGGGUGGUUGUGGUAACAACCAGCAGGUGGAGAAUAUCUUACGAUCCAUCAUCAGCAGUCUGUCCCAGCAGCAGCAACAGCAACCCCAGCCUCCGCAGUCCUGAUCAGGACACCUACAGUCUGGACAGGGAGCAUGGACUGGCCGGGGCUGACGAGGUCGACGGCUUGUCAACGUUGGGAAGUUAAGGGCAGCAAACUGGUGCUGAGUGAAGGAAGUUUGUGGUUUGUAUCGAUACACUGUGUAUGAUACGAGUCCUCGGAGACUGCAAGACCACUAUUCCUACCCAGAUGUCCUCCGGUCACUCUGGGAAUUGUCUUCCCCUCUGCAUAUCAUGCCGAAGAAGUUGUAUGAUGACUUGAUAACAGUGUGCUGCAACAGUAUAUGUUGUGACUAUAGAGUUUGAGAAUAUAGUUUGAUAAUCAUAUUUUACUACUAAAGACUAAAAAUGUAGAUACACUGUAAGCUGUGUGGGUGUCUAGAACACCUAGAUACACUUUAAGAUGUGGGUAUCUAAAACACCUAGAUACACCUAAGAUGUGUGGGUGUCUAGAACACCUAGAUACAACUAAGAUGUGGGUAUCUAAAACACCUAGAUACACCUAAGAUGUGUGGGUGUCUAGAACACCUAGAUACAACUAAGAUGUGGGUAUCGAAAACACCUAGAUACAACUAAGAUGUGGGUAUCGAAAACACCUAGAUACACUUUAAGAUGUGGGUGUCUAGAACACUUAGAUACACUUUAAGAUGUGUGGGUAUCUAGAACACUUAGAUACACUUUAAGAUGUGUGGGUAUCUAGAACACUUAGAUACACUUUAAGAUGUGUGGGUAUCUAGAACACUUAGAUACACUUUGAGAUGUGUGGGUAUCUAGAACACCUAGAUACUGUAUCUAUCAGAUAUGUUAACAUGUGUGCAAUUUUCACAAGCUUUAACCAUACAAAAAAGCUUUUUUUUAUGCUACUUACUUUAAAAAUUAGUAAUUUUUUAUUUGCAUUUAUUUGUGAAAAAGAUAUGCACAUUUUCUUUAUUGUGAAUUUUAUGAAUGUAUCUUUGUUGCAGAGGCAACACAGCACAAGAAUAUUGAAUCAUUCUGUGUCGAUUAAGUUUAUUUAACCAACGACAAUAAGUCACCUGUAAAAACUUUCAUAAGUGUGAUACGAAAUUUGUAAAAUCACUCAGUAUGGCUUAUAAUUGUAGCUACCAUCUUAUGCAAUUCCUUGUUUUAGAUCAAGAAGAAAAGGGAAGAAAUUCGAGAAAGAUUCCGCUUCGCCCCACAAUUCUAAAACACAUUCUUACUGCCUAAAUGACUUUAAGAUCUGAAAUGGGGCAGAGAUUUUCAACUUAGUGAAGGAUGUUCAUUCAAGCAAAUGCAUCCCUUGGCAGUUUAACUGCUCUUGGUAAAUACUGGACACCAUUGUGUUAAAGAGAAAGCACUGUACUUGGUGUUCCUGAAAUAUGAUAGCUGAAAACCAAAGCUUAUAGCUGUCAAUCAAUAAUGUCCAACAAUGAUGACAUUAUAAGAUUUUUUUUAAAUAUCUAAAAUAAAAUAAAUUGAUAUCUGUUUGAUGCAAGUGGAGGGUAAAAAUAAUAAUGAUACCAAAAUGUUUUUAUUGAUCUCUUGCUUUUGAUCCAUCGUAUCCUAGCGGUAAUAACUUUAUAGUGUGAUAAAAAGAUGUAUGAUUGAAUUAAGGUACAGAAAACAGGGAAAUUAAAAUAGAAAAUUUAAUGAAGAUAAUUGUUUUGUAUAACAUAAAGAAGCAGUGUUUGAGUACAUGGACCAUCUUGUAUAUACGCAUAAUUCUCAUAAUUCAGUUGAACACACGGCCUGCUUUGGAUGAAAUGCAAAUAGACUGAACAAUAGUCAUGUGUAUUGAACCUGUUAGAUGUGUAUUGUUAAGCUAAGCCCUGUAUUUUGUAUGUGGAUAUGUUUAUUUUAAUGACGAUUGUUUGAAUUCUAUAUUUAACAAUGUACAUGAUAUACAUGUUAGCCGCAGAGCUAGAAUCUGCAGUAUAUGUGAUACGUAAGACCUAGUCUUUAGAAGUGUAUUCUACUAAUGUAGCUUUCUGUAAACAUGGGGAUAUUCAGCUGGACCUAAUGCUAAAUCAAUUUCGUGAACAUUUUCAGACAAUUCAUUUUUUUUUUUUUUUUUAAAUAUGCAAAUUUGUUAAAAAGCUGAAGAUAAGUUCUAAUCUCAAAGAUAAAUUAGGUUACAUAGGACACAUGAAUCUAAAUUUAAGUGUAAAAAGGUAUAAGUUUUUACCUGUCAAGGUUUACAUUCAAUAUUUACCUGUAGGUCAAGGUUUACAUUCAAUAUUUACCUGUAGGUCAAGGUGUACACUCAAUAUUUACCUGUAGGUCAAGGUGUACACUCAAUAUUUACCUGUAGGUCAAGGUGUACAUCCAAUAUUUACCUGUAGGUCAAAGUAUACAUCCAAUAUUUACCUGUAGGUCAAAGUAUACACUCAAUUUUCACCUAUAUAGGUAUAUAUACACAAUAUUUACCUGUAACUCUGUAGAAUACAGGUAUAUACACAAUAUUUACCUGUACGUCUCUAGAAUACAGGUAUAUACACA